UGUAAACAUGAGGCGAAUAUGCCGUAAGUCCGAGAUUUUUAAAACAAGUGUACAAAAAUUUAAAGAAAUAAAGAAGUCUCACAUAAACAGUGAAUGCAGACAACUUUCUUCUGCAACAGUAGAUUCUUGGGUACUGAUGAGGCUACCACUGGAGGCAUCACAUGUACAAAUCAGUGGGUACUGAUGAGGCUUACACUGGAGGCAUCAUGAUUCAGCGUGUUAGUUUCCAAGUUUCUGCAUGAGUUAUUGGUAUACUCUAUACCAUUGUUAAUGCAAUUAGAAAUGGGAUUGUGGGCAUGGUGGGACGAACUCCCCUUGUAAGGCUCAACAAAAUCAGCAAUGAAACAGGCUGUGAAAUCCUUGCCAAGGUAGAGUUUUGCAAUGGAGGAGGUUCAGUGAAAGACAGAGCUGCUUAUUAUCUAAUCAAAGAUGCCUUGGAAAAGGGACAGCUGGGGCCAGGAGGCACUGUGGUGGAAGGUACAGCGGGCAACACAGGUAUCGGACUGGCGCACAUGUGCCUUGCCAUGGGCUACAAGUGUGUCAUAUACAUGCCUGACAACCAGUCUCAGGAGAAAAUAGACAUGCUUAAAACUCUUGGGGCUGAUGUGCGACCAUGUCCUGUGAAACCAUUCACGGAUGAAAUGAACUACAAUCAUCAAGCUAAGCGCUAUGCAGAAAGUAUUGAGAACGCAGUCUGGACCAACCAGUUUGAUAACACUGCCAACAGACGGGCACAUAUUGAGACAACAGGGCCAGAAAUAUGGAAUGACACAAAAGGGAAGGUGACAGCCAUUGUGUUUGGAACAGGGACUGGGGGAACGCUGGCAG